GCCACAUUGCGUUAAAAUUGUAUGUCGCGUUGUUCGGCUGUUGCUCGUGUAAAAAUUAUUGAAAUUACACAAACGCACACACCGCAGCCAUAAAAACAUCUUUUAAUGUGAGUAAAAGAACAAAGACGGUACAAUGGGAGCCUGUGUAUGUCGCAUGAAUCCCGACAAUGAGACAAUGAGUGUUUCCUCGGCGAGCGCUUCGCGUCCGGCCAGCGCAGGAAUCGCUUUGGGGGGCGCUGCGCGCAAGAAUCGUCCACUAUGCCAUGAGACCAUUAAGUGGCGCUCGGACGUCCCAUUAACUGAAGGUCAACUGCGCUCCAAACGGGACGAGUUUUGGGACACUGCUCCGGCAUUUGACGGGCGAAAAGAGAUUUGGGAUGCGCUUCGAGCUGCCACAAAUGCAGCAGAAUGUCUGGAUUUCCAAAUGGCCCAGGCCAUAUUAGAUGGCGCUAAUGUGUCCGUGCCCAAUGGCUACCUCACAGAAUGCUACGAUGAACUGGGUACACAGUACAAGGUGCCCAUUUAUUGUCUGUCCUAUCCCAUUAACAUUGUAAAAGAGGAGAAUGGGCGCGACUCGCCAGCUGAAUACUCAGAGCCUGUAGAUGGAGGAACCGAAAUCUUUCUGAAACUGCGCAUAUCAUCGACCAUGACUGAUGUUAAACUGCCGGUAUAUUCAAAAGAUACGGUGGGACAGUGCAAAAAAAAGUUGCAGUCUGUAGAAGGCGUCGAUGCAUGCUGCCAACGUUGGUUCUACAGCGGAAAGCUGCUAGGCGAUAAGGUACCCAUUGAUGAGUGCAGCAUACACCAAGGCUAUGUGGUGCAGGUCAUUGUUAAUACAGAGCACUAUAAUCACGACAACAGCACGAGUAUCGUUCAUUUGUCGCUUGCGAGCUAGCAAUACACCAACUCCAUACUAGUCAACUUAGGCAUCAACAGCAAUAAGCUUUGUGAACAACGGCAAUUGGCUAGCAGUGACAACAACAACAAUUCCAAGCACUCCGGCAGCAACACAAAGAGCUUUAAUAUAAAGCACAAAGAACCAAAACAAAAACAUCGACAACUAACGUAUUGCAUUUAUCCAAAGCACACGCAAAAUGCCAAUAGUUAUGUUUUGUUUUUAUAUUAGCUCGCCUUAUUGUUGUUCUUGUUGUUAUUGUUGUUGUAUUGCUAUUGCGAAACAUACAAUUCUGAGCAAAUACAAAAAAUUAAUGAAAAAUGCCUAUAAAUAUAAAAAUUAAUUAUAAAU